ACACGACAGGGACAAAGGAGGAAGUGCCUGGACAGGGAAGCAGAGUUUUGACAGAAGAAUGAACGUUGGGACACGACUCCGGGGCUGAAGUUCUGCCGCUCCUGCUGCUGCUGCUGCUGCUUUUAACCUGCUCUCCCGCUUCACCGUCCAGCUCCUCAGAAUGACGUUCACCUGUGAGCAGUGUGGGAAGACGUGGCCCCAUGCUUCAGGUCUCAGAAGACACCACAAAACAGCCCACACCGAGGAUCCCCAGCGAUCAAACGAGUUAGAAAACCCAAAAGAACGUACGAAAGUCCCCAAUGGAGAAGAACCACUCAAAUGUGACGAGUGCGGGAAGGAAUUUGCAAAGUCUUACGCUCUUAACCGACACAUGAAAAUCCACGCUGAACCGCAUGAUUGCGAUGAGUGCGGCAAGAGUUUUUCAGCGUCUAAAGAUCUAGUGACGCAUAAAAAAAUCCACAAUGCAGAAAAGAUGUUCAGUUGUGACCUGUGUGGAAAGGAGUUUAAAUGCUCGAGUAAUCUUACGAGACACAUGAGAAUCCACACCGGAGAAAGACCGUACGGGUGUGACCAGUGUGGGAAGGGUUUCGCUUCGUCUUCGCACCUCAAAGACCACGUCAGGAUCCACACCGGAGAAAAACCGUACAGCUGCGAGGUCUGCGAGAAGGCGUUUACGACGUCGAGCCACUUGGUUUUACACAAGAGAGUCCACACGGGAGAAAAACCAUACAUGUGUGACCAGUGCGGGAAGAAAUAUAAACAGUCAAAUAAGCUCGCCAUACACAUGAGAGUCCACAGCGGGAAGAGGCCGUACACUUGCGACGUCUGCGAGAAAGCUUUUUAUACGUCGGACACCCUCGCGAUCCACAGGAGACUCCACAGCGGGGAAAAACCGUACGCCUGUGAUUUCUGCCAGAAGACAUUCGCGACGUCGAGCUCCCUAGUAUCGCACAUGAUAAGGCACACGAAAGAAAGACCGUUCGCCUGCGAGUCCUGCGAGAUGGCGUUCCCGAGAUCGAGCGACCUGGUAACGCACAUGAGAAUCCACACCGGCGAAAAACCGUACACGUGCGAGGUCUGCAAAAAGGCGUUCAGGAAGUCAGGCACCCUGGUAACGCACAUGAGGACGCACACGAAAGAGAAACCGUUCAGCUGCGACGUCUGCGAGAAGGCGUACUCGAGGUCGAGCUCUUUGAUAAUGCACAUGAGGACCCACACGGACGAGAAACCGUUCGACUGCGACGUCUGCGGGAAGGCGUUUUCCAGGUCAAACUCGUUGGUGGCACACAUGAGAAUCCACACGGGAGAGACACCGUACACUUGCGACAUCUGUAAGAAGGUUUAUUCCUCGUCGAGCUCGUUGGCGAUGCACAUGAGAAUCCACACGGGGGAAAAACCGUAUGAAUGUGACCAGUGCGGGAAGAGUUUUGGCCGAUCAUCGCAUCUCAAAUACCACACCAGAAUCCACACCAGAGAAAAAACAUACAGCUGCGACGUCUGUGAGAAGGCGUUUUCGACAUCAAGCGACCUAAAAUUUCACAUGCGAAGCCACACGGGCGAAAAAAAAACAUUGGCGUGUGACCAGUGUGGGAAGACUUUUAAACACUUAAGUAAACUAACGAUACACAUGAGGUUCCACACCGGAGAAAGACCUUACCGCUGUGACGUCUGCGAGAAGGCGUUUUUCACGUCAGACUCUCUUACAAAACACAAAAGACUCCACGAUGGGAAAAGACCGUACGGCUGCGACGGCUGCAAGAAGGCGUUUUUUUCGCCGAAAGCCCUAGUAAUCCACAAGAGAGUCCACACUGGAGAAAGGCCGUACAGCUGCGAAGUCUGCGAAAAGGCGUUUACUACGUCAGACUGCCUCGUGAAGCAUAUGAGGCUCCACAACGACGUAAGACCCUUCGGCUGCGAUGUCUGCGAGAAGGGCUUUUUUACUUCAGGCGCCCUCGUAGCGCAUAAGCGAGUCCACACGGGGGAAAGGCCUUACAGCUGCGAGCUCUGCGAUAAGGCGUUUUAUACGUCGGACUCCCUCGCAAAACACGUGAUUAUCCACACUGGAGAAAGACCGUUCAGCUGCGACUUCUGCGAUAAGGCGUUUUAUAAAUCAAGUUACCUCGUGGUGCAUAUGAGAAUCCACACCGGAGAGAGGCCGUACAAGUGCGACGUCUGCGAGAAGGCGUUUUUCACCACAGGCAACUUAGUAAAACACAUGAGAAUACACACGGGAGAAAAACCACACAGCUGUGACGUCUGCAAGAAGGCAUUUUUCACGGCAGACGCUUUAUCGGCACAUAUGAGAGUUCACACAGGAGAAAGGCCGUUCAGUUGCAGCCAGUGUGAUAAAGACUUUAAACAUGCUUAUAGUCUAGCCAAACAUAUGAGGGUUCACAGAGGGAAAAAGUCAUAGGAAUGUGACCACUGUGGAAAGGAAAUUGGCUCCUGGUCCAGCAAAUCAAUUCAGAAUAAAUUUACACAUCGCUGGGUAUGAAGAAAAAUGAAUAUUUUCCUCCCCCCAUUUUCCAAAAUAACAUUGUGCACAUUAGAAUCAUUAUACGGAAUUUGAGGCCUCCACAGUAGGCGGGUACUUUUUUUAUUUUGCCAAUCGCUGCUAUUUGGUCGUGACCUAUGUAAUGCACCAAAUCCCAUAGGAAGAAGGACAAUAACGUCUUUCCUCUUGAUAAAAUUCACCGAACAUUCUCUUUGUUCUGACUUUAAACCCUCCAUCUGGGGAAUCUUUGCCGACACAGAAUGUCUGUCUUCGUCUACAUCCAUCUCGACGCUUUGUUUACUGUUGUGCUGAAACACAAAAGGGACACAGACAGACGUGACGAGUUUGACGUCAUGACUUCACAGCUCACAGCUGAUUGGCCGAUGCGCCGUCUACAACUUCCAGGGUUCUUGCAAAAAUCGUCUAAGUGCAGGCGUCUCCAACCUGUAGCUCGGGAGCUUCCUGCAGCUCUCCACCCCCUUCCAAGGAGCUCGCCAGGGGAUUUCUGAAUUACACAUAUUGUCCUGAAUAACUCAGAUUUGAUUGAUUAAAUGCCCCUUAUUAUUAUAACUAUCAUUUUGGUGCCUGACUAUGUGCACUCACAAAUAAUAAAGGUUUAUGUUUCAUGUUUUAUCUAAUUGUACCUGAUCUAAGUCUUCCCAUGGCUCUUAUGUGUACUCUAUUUCUUGAGACCGCUAAAGUUAGUAGCUCUCUGGAAUUUUCAUUUUUGUCCAGGUAGCUCACCCAAGGAAAAAGGUUGGAGACUCCUGCUCUAGUAUAUUUUGAUUCCUGACCUAGUCACUGGAGACAAAUUAAAUGUGGAGGCAACAGGUGGCGCGAGCCUCCGUGCACAUAGCAUCGUUUUUAAACGUUUUACAUCGACCCACAUGAAUAUGUCAUCGAGCUCGAUCAUAACUACACCGAGCCUCUGGGCGGCGCCUGGAUUACAUUCAAACCUGUAGCAUUUAUUUCAUUACAGUUUUAAGUUUUACUCGCAAAUAUCUCGAAAAACGUGCAUUACUGAGCGAGCUCGCCUCUCCACAGAUCUGGAGACACAUGAAAAGUGUUUGCACCAGAAGAAAUGUGACUGCUGCUCUGAAUGCUUCAUCAUCAUCAUCAGAGCAAAAGGGAAACAUGGACUUUUGGUGCAUCAGCUGCUUAAAACUCCAUUUAUCUCACUUUACACAUAAACGAGAAUCCAUCUUUUUCCAGAAUCUCCGCUCAAGCCAGAGUUUUUAGAAAGAUUCAUUUUCAGAAGUGAAUUUGCCUUUUGUGUGUAAAAGAUGGAACAAACAAAGGGAAAUGUCUGUUUUUAAAAAUACCCGUGUACGUGUAAACAGAGCCUCAAACUCCUUACGAUGACCUUCAAAGUUUUCUAUAACGUGGCCCUUUCAUAAUCUCCAACCAGACUCGGCUAUAAUCUCUGUUCUACUCAUUGUGUUCUUCAUCUGCUGCCGCGUUCACGACUCACACUUCUUCAAAUCUGAACUUCAGUCUCUAUAGACAUUUUAAAAUCCUACUUGAACCUGUUCAAAACUGCAAUUUGAUAUUUCCAUCAUGUUUUGCUUUUACUGUAAAAUGACCAGUGAUGUUUAGAAAAGUGGCAACAAAUAAAAAGUACUCCAUUAAUGGAAUAA